AAGAACAGAUUUAACCCCAGUUCUUCGUCUACAUGGCAUUACGGGAUUGGUUGGGAAUUUUUUGCAAUCGGGAUAAUUUUCAUUUCUCUUCUUCUUCCAAAACUCAACUAGGUUUUCUUCGAGAAAGAGAGAAAACGGCGAAAUUGAUCUUUGCAUAGCUUUUCCGACAAAUCAGAGAAGAAGACUAAUUCGCGACUUCGAGCAUGAGGCCAAACAUUGUUGCCGAGGGGGAAUGGAAUCAGAGAAACUCCUCAAUCCAAGGCUUCUUUCGAUUAAUAGCAGUACCACCACCAACAACACCACUGGUCACAAAGCGAUGUCCGUUGAGUUGCCGCAGAAACCGCCGCCGCCGCCGUAUUUGCUUGACCGGUUCAAGGCUCUGCUUAAUCAGCGUGAGGAUGAGUUCGGUGGUGGUGAGGAGGUUUUGCCUCCGGUUAUGGAUGAGAUUGUUCAGCUUUAUGAGGUUGUUAUGGGAGAGCUUACUUUCAAUUCCAAGCCUAUUAUUACUGAUCUCACUAUUAUCGCUGGUGAACAACGGGAAGACGGUGAAGGAAUCGCUAAUGCCAUUUGCACUCGAAUCCUUGAGGUUCCAGUUUAGCAAAAGUUGCCUUCUCUGUAUCUAUUAGACAACAUCGUUAUUUCUCAUCUCGUCUACCAGAGGUCUUCUGUCUAGCAUACAAGCAAGCACAUCCGAGUUUACAUCCUUCAAUGCGUCAUUUGUUUGGGACUUGGUCAAGUGUUUUUCCACCGCCUGUACUACGCAAGAUUGAGGUGUAAUUGCAACUUUCUUCUGCAACAAACCUAAUGGCCCUGCAGCAGAUGGUUUUCCCAAGAGGUUCAGUGAUGGAGCUAUUCCUUCUAAUCAAGCCCUUAAAUAUGGAAUGGGUCGACCUACUGGCAGAGAUCGUAGCAGAGCUGGUGAAUAUUUGCGAUCAUCUAACCCAGCAUUAAGAAGUGUAAGGGCAAGACCUAGAGUAGGAAACACAAGUGA